AUGAAGAUCCCUAAACCCUCCGGCGGCGACUCCUACACAGCCCUUCACCAUCCCCAGAAAUCACUCGACUCCUCCCCCCUCUACGAACCCACCUCCGUUCUCGAUCCUCACAUCACCUCCAGCCCAUCUGCCGUCGCCACCGCCCACGCCGGCGUUCUAUGCCCUGCUCCCUCCCUCCCCUGGGACCCCACCCCUUCCCCUCUCCCCCUCCCUUCAUCAGCCACCACCAACACGUCCGACAAUUGGCCCGACCCCCUCUCCUUUCUCCUCGACGACAUGGACGAGCCCUGCUCCUUCUUCCCCGACCUCUCCCACCUAAUCCCUCCUCCGCCGGAUCCCGAAAACUCCCACCUUGAACUCCUCCUCCGUGCCGCCCACUCCGUCGAAACCGGUGACCUCAAUUACUCCCUCUCGAUAUUGGCUCGGCUCAAUUUCCUCCUCCACAGUUGCACCGGCACCCCUCUCCGCCGCGCCGCUUUCCACUUCAAAGACGCCCUGCUCUCCCUCCUCCCCAUCCCCGACCACCCCAUCCCCGAACCCCCUCUCUCCGCCAUCGAGCUCGUCCGCCGCAUCGCCGCCCACAAAGCUUUCUCCGAUAUCUCCCCAAUCCCCCAAUUUAACUCUUUUACAGCCAACCAAACCCUCCUAGAAUCACUCGACGCCGCUCCUGCCCUCCACCUAAUCGACUUCGAUCUUGGCCUCGGCAGCCAGUGGUCCUCCUUCGCACACGAUCUCGCCGCCCACUCCCGUGCUGCCCACCUACCUCCUCCUCCUCUCCGAAUCACCGCCGUCGUUUCCGACGAGACUGCAGAGACAGCUAUUGCUGCCGAUAAUCUCCGCGAUUUUGCUCGCGGGAUAGGUCUCCGAUUAACAAUCGAAUUCGUCCGUCUCACCGCCAUUUGCAGGAUCCGGUUUGCUGCAGGGGAGGCGGUGGCCGUGGUUCUUACGCCGGCGAACAUUCGACUGAAUGGUGUAUCGGUGCUGCGGUUCAUACGGGGGGCGGCGGCACGAGUGGUGUUGGUGGUGGAUGGGGAAGGGUAUUGCGGAGGCGCGGGGUCAUUCAGGCAGAGGUUUGCUAACGGAUUGGAGUACUUCGCGGCGGCGAUGGAAGUCGUGGAGGCAGGGACGGCGGCUGUGGGGGCGGGGGAGGAGACGGCGAGGAGGAUUGAAAGGGUGCUGUUCAGGCCGAGAAUUUUUGCGGCGGGGGCGGCGGGGGGGGGCACGGAGCUGGAUUGGGGUUAUUCCGAUAACAAGCAUCUCUGA